AAACACCGAUUUAUACGUAGAAAAUCAGUAUUUGUAUACAUACAUACAUCAACACCCUGUCAGAGCAAGAAUCAAUCAAUAAUGGUCAACUAACCUUCAAACCCAUCAACGAUUUCCUUCUGAAAUUUUCGUCACUUCUCUCAGAACUUGAAGAUAUACAGAGAGGUAGAGAUGGGGGUUCCGGUUCGAACAGCAGGGGUCAUGGGGGUGGAUAAUCUGAGCGAGAAAGCAGCGAAGAUGAGAGAAUCACUACAAAAGAGUCAGUCAAUCACCGACAACAUGGUUUCUAUCUUGGGUUCCUUUGACCACCGUCUCUCAGCCCUUGAAACUGCCAUGCGCCCCACUCAGAUUAGGACACAUGCCAUACGCAGAGCUCAUGAGAACAUCGACAGGACUUUGAAGGCUGCUGAUGUUAUAUUGGACAGAUUUGAUCUUUCUCGUGAGGCUGAGGCUAAAAUACUUAGAGGGCCACAUGAGGACCUUGAAAGCUAUCUUGAAGCUAUUGAGCAGCUAAGAAGUAAUAUUGUCUUUUUUACCAACAAUAAAAGCUUCAGAAGUAGUGAUGGAGUUAUCAGCCAUGCAAGUAACUUACUUUCUAAGGCUAUAUCUAAGCUGGAACAGGAGUUUAAACAACUCUUAUCAUCAUACAGCAAAUCUGUGGAACCUGAUCGGCUAUAUGAAUGCCUCCCUAAUUCACUACGACCAUCGUCUGGGUCACCUGAUUCAAAGAAUCCUUCUAAUAGUCAUACUGGUCACAUUACUGCCGAGAAUGCUGUUUUUACUCCCUUAAUCCUCAUACCACCACGGGUCCUUCCUUUGCUUCAUGAUUUAGCCCAACACAUGGUGCAAGCUGGACACACACAACAGUGCCUCAUUAUUUACAGGGAUACCCGUUCACCAGUCCUGGAAGAAACCCUUCAGAAAUUGGGAGUGGAGAAGCUUAGCAAAGACGAUGUCCAGAAGAUGCAGUGGGAGGUCUUGGAACUCAAGAUUGGGACUUGGAUUCAUUUCAUGCGUAUCGCAGUAAAAUUGCUGUUUUCUGCGGAACGGAGAGUUUGUGAUCAAAUGUUUGAAGGCAUUGAAUCGCUUAAAGAUCAGUGUUUUGCUGAAGUUACCGCAGGCAGCGUCGCCAUGCUACUCAGUUUUGGAGAUGCAAUUGCCAAAAGCAAGAGGUCACCUGAGAAGUUAUUUGUGCUUCUGGACAUGUAUGAGAUAAUGCGCGAGCUUCACUCUGAGAUCGAAUCACUUUUCGUAGGGAAAGCUUGCAAAGACAUUAGAGAAUCUGCUCUAGGUUUGACGAAGCGACUUGCACAGACAGCGCAAGAGACAUUCGGGGAUUUUGAAGAAGCUGUUGAAAAAGAUGCAACAAAAACAGCUGUGUCGGAUGGAACGGUCCAUCCUCUCACAAGCUAUGUGAUCAACUAUGUGAAGUUUUUGUUCGAUUAUCAGUCGACAUUGAAGCAACUGUUCCAAGAGUUUGAAAAUGGGGAGGACUCGAAUUCUCAGCUGGCAUCUGUAACAAUGCGAAUCAUGCAGGCCCUUCAAAUCAAUUUGGAAGGAAAAUCCAAACAGUACAAAGAUCUUGCUCUCACCAAUUUGUUUCUUAUGAACAAUAUUCACUAUAUGGUCAGAUCCGUGCGCAGAUCCGAAGCAAAGGAUUUGUUGGGGGAUGAUUGGGUGCAAAGACACAGAAGGGUUGUGCAACAACACGCUAAUCAGUACAAAAGGAUAGCUUGGCAAAAGAUCCUUCAAUGUCUCUCUAUUCAAGGUUUGACCUCAUCUGGAGGUGGUAGUUCAGUUGGUGGUGAUGGAGGAAAUAGCAGUGGAGCUUCGCGGGCACUCGUAAAAGAUAGGUUGAAGAUCUUUAAUGUUCAGUUUGAGGAGCUUCAUCAAAGACAAUCUCAGUGGACGGUUCCUGAUACAGAGCUACGAGAAUCUUUGAGGCUUGCAGUCGCUGAAGUCUUGUUGCCUGCAUACCGAUCCUUCAUCAAACGUUUUGGGGCACUUGUUGAGAAUGGGAAGAAUCCCCAUAAAUACAUCAGGUAUACAGCAGAGGAUCUUGACCGGAUGCUUGGCGAAUUUUUCGAGGGUAAGACUUCGAGCGAUGCCAGACGGUAGAUAUUGUACUCCCAGAAAGAUAGAAAGAUAUGUUGAAUUAAAGGAGAAGAUACUUGCUAUACACUGUAUUUAGGGUCUUGUGGAGGCAACUAGUGUUGAAUUACUCUUUUACCCUUGUGGUAGUGUAUCCUGUAGUUGAUGAUAAGGGCAUAUAUGGUCUUUUUGUAUCUAUUGAGGUAAAGAAAGAUACGGGUAAGUAACAAGUAAAAGAAAAGGCAGUGCUAAACGUCCAUUAAAUUGUCUCUUAGUUGAUAUUACUGUUACUGUGAACCAUUCUUUUGUAAUUGUGUAUAGAUUUGUGUUUUU